AUGAAGUCUAUCUUCAAGGUUUAUAAGGUUUGGGAGGUUAUUGAUCCAGGAAUGACAGUUGAUGAGAACAAGGACUCAAUUGCAACUACCUUACUAUUCCAAGCGUUACCCGAAGAGCUAACUUUGCAAAUCGAUAACAGUGAUUCAGCAAAAGAGAUGUGGGAAACCAUUAAGUCCCGCAAUCAAGGAGGUGAUCGAGUAAAAGAAGCAAGACUUCAAACCUUGAUGUCUAAGUUUGAAGCCUUAAAGAUGAAGGAACCUAGCACUGUUCCUGACUUCGCAGGAAAGAUUUCAGGGAUGGCUUCUAGAUCUGCUUCUCUUGGAACGGUGAUUGAAGAAGAGAAACUGGUUAAAAGGUUUCUACAUGGCUUACCGAAAACCUACGAGGAACGGGUCAAACUUGAAGAAAAUGAUCAACCAACUAAAGGUGAUCAAUUACUUCUUACUUAUGAAGAGUGGGAGGCAAAGAAGAAAAAGGAAAAGGGUUAUGGGAGGGGUAAAACGGGAGUCGAAACUAGUCAAGGUGGUCGAGGUCGGGGGCGUGGUAAAUCUGGGAAAUUUAUGACCAACAAAAAUGGUCGAAACUACACAAAUGGGCAAAAGCAACCGAAAUUUAUGACCAACAAAAAUGGUCGGAAAUUUAGCGACUGA